UUUGAAUAAUUUAAAAGAUGGCAGAAUUUGAUCAUAGAAUCGAAAAUAGUGGAACUUCUAAGCUUGUAGUAGAGCAUGUCAUGACUCUGAUGGACACUGAAGAUGAGAUCUUUACUGUUAAAUAUGACCCUAAAGAUAAGUAUAUAGCAUGAGGCUGCGGAGAUGGUGCAAUCAGAGUUUAUAACGUCUUCACAGGCAAAAUGUCGUUCCUCCUUGCAGAUACAGAGGAUGAAGAUGAUUUCUUGUUUCCAAUCACUUGUCUAAGAUGGAGACCAGUCACUGCUGAGAUGAAAGCCAAGAAUGUUCUGGUUGCAUGAUCUGCUGACGGCUUAUUAUACCAUUGGCAUGUUACCUCAGGAAAAUUAUUGCAUACUUUAGAUCUUUCAGAUCACGGAAGUCAAUUUUUCUGCUUAGAUUUCUCUCCAGACGGCAAAAAUUUAGCUCUUGGAGCAAAAGACAAGACUAUCAGAAUAGUCGAUGAACACACCAAAACUCUUGUAAGUACUCUCGAAGGUGGUACUGGAGUCUUAGGGCAUUCGAACAGGGUGUUUUCAGUCAAAUACAUACCAGAAGAUCCAAACCUAAUAAUUAGUGGUGGGUGGGAUAAUACAGUACUUCUUUGGGAUCUCAGAACUUCUAAGGUUGUAAGCAGCUUCUACGGACCUCAUAUCUGUGGUGAUUCGUUGGAUAUAAGAAAUGGUAAAAUCCUGGCUGGAAGUUACCAUAAUUCUGACAACUUAUACUUAAUUGACCUUGAAACUUUGGAAUUAGAUCAGAAAAUCAACUGGUAUGGAGAUGGAUUUAAGAAGAAAGAUGGAAAAUCUCCUUCAUCUCUUUAUUCUGCUUUGUAUACUUCGGAUGGAAGUCAUAUCAUCGCUGGAGGAGCCAGCCCAAAUGAAGUAAGAAUCUUUAAAAAUGAGGAAGAUGGGCAUAAAGUUGUCAGCAGUAUUUCAGAUCUAGAGAGUUGUCCUUUAUCCAUAGAUGUAGCACACUCUAGCAAUCAAUUUGCUUUUGGAACUGCAGAUGGAUAUCUUAGAAUUAUGAACUUAACGGAAUCAGAAGACUAAAUUUUGAAAAAUUCAUCAUAAUUCUUUCAAUUUC